CUGCUUAUUGCUUUAAACUCAAACUCUCUGCUUCCUUCUCUUCUUCUCCUUCCUUCUUUUCCUUCUCCCUGUCUCCUGCUCUCUCUCUCUCCCUCUUUUUUUUUUCUUCCUUUCCCUUCUCCAUUUCCAGCUGUUUUUGGAGCACGCAGCGAGAACGGGGGAAGUUCUCCACCAAUUGUUUCGGUCCUGAGAGGAGCUCGGCGGUCGGACCCUCCCCUUCUUCUUUCUCUCUCCCAUCUCUUUCCUCUGUCUCUCUCCCUCUCUCUCUCCCCUCCCCUUGUUGUGACAGAGCACACCUGCUUGAUGUUGGCUGCACGCAUUUUGAGUCCAAUUACACCAUAGGCCCUCGCAGCCACUUCAGUCUCAUCCCCCCCAUUCGACUGGAUUUUUGGGAGUCAAGCUCAUCUUGCACAAUUUUACUCUCUCUGCCUUGCUUCUACUGAGAACAGGCUCCCUGCUAGCAGAACCAUGAGGUCAGCCUGUCUCUCUCUGCUCCUGGUCACUGCCUGUUGGGCUCUGCCCUUCCGCCAGUCUGGCUUCCUGGACUUUAUGAUGGAGGAUGAGGCGGGAUCUGGUUUGCCUGAACUGAAGCUAGACCUCCCUGACAUGCCUUCAGGACCCAAAUGCCCCUUCAGAUGCCAGUGCCAUCUGCGAGUGAUCCAGUGCUCUGACCUCGGUCUGACGACAGUUCCUGAGGACAUCCCAGACGACACCUCCCUGCUGGACCUGCAGAACAACAAGAUCACUGAGAUCAAGGAGAAUGACUUCAAGAACCUCAAAGGACUACAUGCUCUGAUCCUGGUGAACAACAAAAUCACCAUCAUCCACGCCAAGGCCCUCAGCCCUCUGACCAAGCUGCAGCGUCUCUACCUGUCUAAGAACAAGCUGAAGGACAUGCCUGCCAACAUGCCCAAGAGCCUGCAGGAGCUGCGCAUCCACGAGAACGAUAUCACCAAGAUCAAAAAGACCUCCUUCCAGGGCCUGUCCCACAUCAUCGUCAUGGAGCUUGGGUCCAACCCUCUGAAGAGCGCAGGAAUUGAGGCCAGUGCUUUUGCUGACCUAAAAAGGGUCUCCUACAUUCGCAUUGCAGACACAAACAUCACAGAGAUCCCCAAAGGUCUGCCAAACUCUCUCUCUGAGCUCCACCUGGAUGGAAACAAGAUCGCCAAGGUGACGGCUGGCGGCCUCAAGGGCCUGAAGAACCUGGCCAAGCUGGGUCUGAGUUAUAAUGAGAUCAGCUCUGUGGAAAAUGGCACUCUGGCUAAUGUCCCCCACCUGCGAGAGCUGCACCUCGACAACAACGCUCUGAUCCGUGUUCCUGCUGGCCUGUCCGAGCACAAGUACAUCCAGGUGGUCUACCUCCAUGCCAACAAGAUUGCAGCUGUGGGAACAGAGGACUUCUGUCCUCCUGGUCUCAACCACAAGAAGGCCAUGUACUCUGGCAUCAGCCUGUUCAGCAACCCUGUGCCUUACUGGGAAGUUCAGCCCAUCACCUUCCGCUGCGUCUUCGACCGCUCCGCCAUCCAGCUCGGCAACUACAGGAAGAAGUAGAGCGUCCCGCGCACCUUUGCAAGGAAGCGUGUGUGUUUGUAAAUGAGUGUGUGAAAGUUUUUCCAAGCGUGCGUGUCUGACCACAGCUCCACAAUACUGACCCCAUAGCUACACUUCCUCCCCACAGAUGGUGAUGUCAUUAAUCCGCACACUCAUUUCAAAACGUUAGUGGACAUGGACCUCAAAACACAGCAUAUCAUUUUCAAUAUUUAGCUUCAAGGUUGGUGCAGCAGUAGAACACACGGCUUACAGCAAACACCAGCAUACAGUUAUAAGCAAGCAAUUAACAUUCCAAAUAUGUUCUCACAUACAUGCUGUAUCAUUUUCAUUGUGGACAAAUUGAAAUUCAGAGGUGAACCCUAACCAAAAAGAUUUAAAACCUCACUCAGUGGAAAAUGUUAUAAAUCCCUCUUUGAUCAAACCCACUUUAGCCAUUGUCUGAAUUAUAAGAAAGCUGACCUGUAGAGCAGGCAGCAAGGGGUUAACUUGUGUUUUACAAUACCUUUAACAACUGGUAUACUAGAAUGUACUAGAUAUUACCUGUGUACUAGGAAUAGCAUAUACAGAGUGUAACAUUACAACGCUGCACUCUUUGAAUGAACUCAGAGUUUCUAUUUGUAUUGUAUUCAAUUCAAGUAGAGAUAAAAGCAACCGUGACUUCUAUCACAUUUUGAUUUCUUGUGCUUACUUCAGUGUUGAUUUAGUUCUGGGUUUUUUACACUUUUUCUUCAAUACGUUUCCUCUCAUGUACCUUUCCUAGUAUAUGUUGUUCCAUUAAAAAAAACAAGGUGAAAAUAGCUUAUAAAAAAAUGUAGAAUAAACAAUAUGUUUUAAACAGAAGCCAUUUCCCAAAGAUUUAUAUGCAUGCUCUUAUAUAUAUUUUCCUUUCAACUUGAACCUGAUGCUUUCUGGAAUCUCUUGUUAAUCCCUGUAUGUAUUCGUCUCCAUGUUUCCCAGCCAUUUCAUAUUUUUUGUUAAGAGUCAAGAAAAAUAUGGUGUAUGUGGACUAGCAUGCCCACUGCAACCAUGUUGGUGUGAAUGUUGUAUGUAUAGACGCUGUAUAUAAAUGCUGUAUAAAAAAAACUUCUCAUUUGCUUAAAGGCACAAGCACUUACCAUAGCUCAGACUUAAUAUAUCAGCAACAAAGGUGUUCCUCCUUUUUCCCCCGGAGAAGGGGCUCCAGCUAAGGUGUCCUGAACAAAAUAAAAAUACUAAUGGAAAAAGUAG